AAUUUAUUACACAAAAAGUCGAAAAAACUAACCAUUUUUUGCAUUCCAAUUGAUUAAGAUGUUUAGUUAACAUUUCUCUGUUGUCAUAUGUUUAUCCGCUAAUUUAUUGGUUUCCCGUCAUAGACAUCAGGUCAUUGUGUGACUCUUUCGAUGAGUGAUUCCGUGACAGGCUUGCGUAAAAAUACUGUAAGGAGUUUGGAGAUAUGGCUGCGCCAACAGUCGUUCUUAUCACCGGUUGUUCCACCGGCAUUGGCCUUGCUGCGGCCCUGUUACUUGCUAAAGAUGAUGGAAGACGUUUCAAAGUCUACGCGACUAUGAGAAACCUAGAGAAACGCGGAAUUCUUGAAGAAGCAGCACGGCGACAACUCGGAGAUACUUUGAUCGUGAAACAACUCGAUGUCACUUCGGACGAAUCGGUCACUGAAGUACUACAGUCUAUAUACAGUGCAGAGAGGAGAAUAGACGUGUUAGUGAACAAUGCAGGCGUGGGACUGAUUGGUGUUCUUGAGACUCACACCAUGUCUCUUGUCAGAGAGAUGUUCAAUGUUAACUUCUUUGGAGUUGUUCGGCUAACCAAGGCUGUUAUACCCAAGAUGAAAGAGAACCACAGCGGCCAUAUCAUUAACAUCACUAGUAUAGGUGGCAUCCGUGGCGUACCUUUCAAUGCAAUAUAUUGCUCUUCAAAGUUUGCUGUUGAGGGGAUGGCAGAAUCUCUGGCCCCACUGCUAAGAAAGUUUAAUGUGAAAAUUACCAAUGUGGAGCCAGGACCUGUCAAAACAGCGUUUGUUGCAAAUUCCACAGAAAUGGCACCUGUUUAUGAUGAUGAGGGUGUUGACGAAGAGACAAAGCAACUUUUGGAAAAUGCCAAAACAAAAAUGAUGAGUGCAUUUGCAACUGUGGCCCAGUCCCCUGAAGAAAUAGCUCAGUGUAUUCUUGAUAUAAUCCUUAUGGAGAAGUGUCCUCUUCGAUAUCAAACAAAUAAGAACUAUGCCAAUGUAGUAAGCUCUAAGCUAGUAGAUCCUAGUGGCGAUGCUGAAGUUGAUGCAAUGUUUACACGCUUUUUCUCAUGAGGUCUAUAUCCAAAUGAUUUGUGUGUUUUUAUGGAUCAUUAGCUUUGUAUAGAAAUUAUAUUGAUGGUAUUGAUUAGACAUUAUGGUGAUAGUGUAUGUGUUGUAUUGAGGAGUGUUACUUGUACUAGUAGGUAGGUUAGCCAAGUAAUUGUGUUUUUCCUUUUUCAACUUUGUAUAGAAAUUAUGUUGAUGUUUUUUAUCAUAUAUUAAAAAAAUAUUAAUAUAUA